UGGGGCGUGAGUCGUGACCGUCACAGCUCCUGCCUGGCGGAGCUGACGCGGCACUAUGGUCUUUGUUUUUGCCACGUGGCGGCCGUUACACAUGAAUAUCGAUUUCAAACUGUUUCCGAACAUGGUGACUUGCUUUUUGACUGAUACACAAAAGAGAUUUGCACGUUGCGUGCUUAACAGUUGAUGCAGCAUUUAUGUUUGUAGCUGGGAGGAGAUAUAUAUAUAUAUAUAUAAUUUUAAAUUAUAUUUUAUGAAAUUAUAAUUAGAAAUAAUAUUAGAGGGUCAGCUGCAACUUUAUUUUAUAUAAAAGGUCAUGCUACAAGUUAAGAAAUAAAUAAAUAAAUAAAUAUCUUAUCUCAUGUUUAGAAGCAUAUUUAAUAUUCAUAUAUAUUUUAAAAUUUGAUAGAUAUGGGACAAUUUAAUGAAUAAGUUAAACACAUGGCAGCAUAUUUAAUAUUCAUAUAUGUUAGGUUUUAUUUUGUUUUUCUUUAGUUUAGGUUUAAGAAAUUUAUUUUUAAAUAAAAAUAACGAAAUUCGAUGACACAUGGCAGUGCAUGAACACAAAAAAAAAAAAAAAAAUUUUAAGAAAAUUGUAAUUAUAAAACUAUUUGUUCAUCAUUCCAAUGCAUCAAUACUAUGUGUUAUUUAUUUUAUAUUAUUUUUAUAGAGAUAUAUAGGGGCAUUUUUAUAGGCCCAGUUUCAAAAAGGAUGUUGCUUUUUAAUUAAAAUAUUACUUUUUAUUUUUUUUUCAUAUUUUUUUAAUAAAUUAUUGAGCAAAAAUAUUUACAUUUUUCAUAACUUUAAUUUUUGGAAAUUGUAGUCUCCCUAACUUUAACCAUGUGAAACAAAAUUGGCCCAUAGAACAUGAAACACAAACCAAGUUAUGAUCACUAAUAAGUAAUAACCCUUUCUUUCAUUAUUAUUAUUAUUAUUAUUAUUAUUAUUGUAAAAUAUUUUUACUCAAAAUUAUAAAAAUUGAACAUAAAUCAAAAGCGGCCAGCUUCAUGUCGUUGUUGGUCUGCCCUUUUGGGGAUAAACAAUUUGAACCACCAACAAUGCUCAAGGCGAGAAGCUCGAAUUUGGACAAUAAGGGGCGCGAGAUAAGUGAUUCUAUUACUCCAUUUUUUUUACUUUUGCUUACUUGAUUCAUGAGUGAGAUUUAAUUUAUGUUUGUGUGAUCGGGUUUUCACUAGUGAUCAAUGCCAAUGAUUGUUUUUCUGAUCUGAGUGUCCAUGCUUGAGUCUGUUGGGUCUAGGGUUUCAGAUUUUGUGGUGAAGACGAUGAUGAGUCAACUCGCCUUCAGUUUGGUAAGCGAGUGAUGGGUUGAAUUAUAUGACUCAACUUGGCGGGUUGUGCGAACUCGGUUGAGCCCAAGUCAGGCUUGGUCAAGCGUGUGACCUGGCACAUGGCAGUUUAGGUUGGUGUGGGCUGCAAAUCAACUUUCAGAUGGGCCUAGACCUCAGGUUCAGUUUUUAAAUGAUGGUAUUGGGUCUGGGGUGAUCAAACAUAUGAGGCUUUGGUUUGGGUAAUUCAAACCCAAACUUGGAUAUGGGUCUGGUGGCUUUAAAGGGAAAGAGUUUGGAAAGUCUCUCACCGUCCGUCACUCGCUAACAAAAGUGACCGUUAGAGCAAGGCGGUGCCUUGCCUUGCUCUCUGUUUUGUUUAAAUAUAGUCGUCCCGUCCAAAUUCCACACCAUCUCUCUCUCUCUCUCUCUCUCUCUCUCUCUCUCUCAUAUUCAGAUUGGUGUGGUGCUUCAAUUCCUCUGGAAUUGGAUCGAUAUCUUGCGUGCCUGCCUUCAAUCAAUUCUAAUUGAAGGAAAAGAAGAAUUUAAGAAGAAGAGCAGCAAUAGUAAUGGAGGAGGAGAAGGAAUUGAGGGUGUUGAGUAUGGAAGAUUUUCGUGGGUCGGACAUCCCUGCAGACAACCCACUGGAGCAGUUGCUACUGGUGGCUGCCGUUGCAUCCUCUGUUCUCCGGAAUGAGGAGAAGAAGAAGGAGAAGAAAAACAGGGAGCGGGGGCGGCUGGCGCCCAGAGAAAAGAUCCUCAAGAAAGCAGCAGCGCCGCCUGUGCCUUUGGCGGAGAAAGCAGCACUCAUCAUCCGUCUGCCCCUGCCGAAUAAGCGAGUACUAGCCACGGCAAAAGACAUCCUCAUCAAGAAACCAUUAAUCAUGACAAAAAACCAGAAGAAGAAGCAGAAGAUUCGCAGCCAUCUUCAGCCAUCUAAUUCGCUUCCAUCAUUACCCAAUUCCCUCCAUAUCUUCUCUCACCAUCAUCCCGGUGAAUGCAGUACCAGUACCACUCAUGUUACUAAUUCUGCAGCUGUUGCAGUGGCUGUGCCUGAAAUGAGCCAUCGUCUCAAAAACCGCAUCACCGAGAUUAGCGGCACCGACGUUGUCCUCGUCAUCCAGAAAAAGCUCUCCUCCACCGAUGUUAGCAGGAACCACAAUCGGCUCUCCAUCCCACUCCGCCAAGUCAAGUCGGAAUUUCUGACGGCAGAGGAGAAGGACCUUUGUCUCUCGCAACGCAACGCAUCCGGAAAGAAGCUGGCCGGCAUGGAGGUGCCCUUGGUGAUGGUUGAUCGCCCACAUGUGCAGUAUCUUGAUGAAUUCAUGGGCAUUCAACUGAAAAAGUGGGACAUGAAGAAGGAGAAAGGCAGCACCAGCUCAUGUUAUGUUCUGGUUUCGGAGUGGAAUGACAUCGUUGCGAGAACCGGACUCCGAAGCAACGACGACAUCCAGCUCUGGUCCUUCCGCCGCAAUACACAUCUCUGUUUUGCCCUACAACUAGUUACAUAGAUAAAUGAGCACUACGUAUAUACCUCCUUUGCUAGUUUUCUCUAAUUCCCAGUAGACUCUCUGUUCCUCUUACUUCUUCAGAUGCAUGUGUUAUGAUGGAGUUCAGUUUUUUCUCUUUAAAUUCCAGUACCAUGCAUGCAUGAUUCUUCUACCUAAAAUGAGGUCUUGAAUUGUGUAUUACUGCAUAUACAGCAAUAGUUACUACUACCGUUGCAAUUGCAAGCUACUGCUCUGACAGAAGGAGCCAUCUUUUCUGGGAUUA